CAUUUAUCAUUUUUUAUUCGGCAUCCGUCUCCUUCACAACAAGCCAAUUCUGCUCCAAAAUUUCUGCUUUUAUAUUUUCAAAAUUAACAAAAAAUUUACAAAUAAUUCUUAAAUUAAAACAUGGCGUUCAGCGGCGUGCCGCUACCCGGUAUUUUUUGUCCGGAUGAAAGCGUCGAGCAGUUUGUAAAACUUUACGGAAAUGAUAAUUUUAACAAUAUGAUAAUGGCCUCGACCGUUAAUCAUGCGUAUGGUCCUCCUAGAAACAUGCAGUCCCCACCAGCUCAUCCACCGCCAACGGGAAUGAUGGAGGUCACCCCGUCCAGGUUUAAUGGGGGUCCACCAAGAUUUGACGAGAGAAAUAUUAAAUUUAAUCCUCAAUAUGGAGCACAGCAAACCGUGCAUGGUGGCUUUGGUGACCACUAUAACCCCCCGUCAAGUUUUAAGAAUUAUAAGCACGAAUAUCCUUCGAGACACGCCCAGCCAGGAAUCCAUCCUACGUGUUUUAUGCAUCCACUUCCACCCGAACACAGAUUUCCCUGGCUUUAAGCCAUAAAUAUUUGGCCAAAUCCAGUAAGCCGAUCAAGUUAGCUUUGUUUGUAAGUUUUCAUAGCGUAACAGUUUAACUAAUGUGCAUAUCUGUGUCAAAAAUAUUAUUCUGUAUCAUAAUUCGACUAUAGGCGACUUUCUAAAUUAUGAAUAAAACAAUUUAAUUACAGUA